ACAUAUACUGGAUGGUAAGGGAUGUGCAAGGAUUGCUAGCAGGUGUCCUAUGUCCACAGUGGGCUCUCCAGGCCAAGAUCACGACAGGCCGGGCUUCAACGUACAGGACACCCAGUGCCUGCUGGACAAGGUGGGCGCCUCAGAGCUGGUCAUCGACCUCAUUGUCAGCACCAAGAAUGACCGUGUGUUCCAGGAGAGCGUCCUACUGGGCAUCUCACUACUCCGAGGAGGCAACACAGAGAUACAGGAUUCCUUCUACAACCAGCUGUACAAGCAGAAAAAGUCUGAGCGCUUCUUCAAGGUGUUCUACGACCGCAUGCGGCUGGCCCAGCAGGAGAUCCGCGCCACCGUGUCGGUCAACACCUUCGAGCUGAGCAGCAGGAAGAGGGACGAUGACGCAGAGGGCUCAGAGAUCAGGCACAAGAAGCAGGGGAGCGACUCUCUCCAUCUGAAGGAGGACAUGCGGGGGCAGCUCAAAGAGGCCUCCUCGGCCACCUCCAAGGCCUACAGCACCAUCCGUAAGGAGCUGGACUCGGAGCUGGAGAUGGUGGGCUCGAGCGGGGACGCCUCGGACCUGGAGGAGGAGAUAGAGGAGACGCAGAUGAGCGCGCCCAUCACCAUCAUGAAGCCCAUUCUGCGCUUCCUCCAGCUGCUCUGUGAGAACCACAACAGGAACCUGCAGAACUUCCUGCGCAACCAAAACAACAAGACCAACUACAACCUGGUGUGUGAGACACUGCAGUUCCUGGACUGCAUCUGCGGCAGCACCACCGGCGGCCUGGGCCUGCUGGGCCUCUACAUCAACCAGAGGAACGUGGACCUGGUCAUCCAGACGCUAGAGACCAUCACCGAGUACUGCCAAGGGCCCUGCCACGAGAACCAGACCUGCAUAGCCAAGCAUGAGUCCAACGGCAUUGACAUCAUCAUUGCACUUAUCGUCAAUCCCAUCAACCCCCUGGGCAAGCACAGGCUGGACCUGGUGCUGCAGCUGAAGAACAACGCGUCCAAACUGCUCCUGGCCAUCAUGGAGAGUCGCCAUGACAGCGAGAACGCUCAGGAGAUCCUGGACAAGAUGAGACCCAACGAGCUGGUGGACGUGAUGAAGGAGGCCUAUCAGCAGGGGGUGGACAGUGAUGAUGAGGAGGAGCUGAGCGGAGACGGGAUCAGGUCCAAAGACGUCGGACACAACAUCUAUAUCCUGGCACAUCAGUUGGCACGGCACGACAGGAUUCUGCAGCAGAGCCUAAAGCCAGGAGUGGAGAUUGAGGGUGAAUGCAGUGAUGCCCUGUCGUACUAUAAAAAGCACACCGCCCAGAUAGAGAUUGUGCGCCACGACCGCACCAUGGAGAAGAUCGUGUUCCCCGUUCCCAGCAUCUGUGAGUACCUGACGGAGGAGUCCAAGAUGCGCGUGUUCACCUCCACCGAGCGCGAUGACCAGGGCAGCAAGGUCAACGACUUUUUCCAGCAGUUUGAAGACCUCUACAACGAGAUGAGCUGGCAGAAGAAAAUCCGCAAUAACGGGCCUCUGUUCUGGUUCUCACGGCACAUCUCUCUGUGGGGCAGCAUCUCUUUUAACCUGGCCGUGCUGGUCAACCUGGUCGUGGCGCUCUUCUAUCCUUUCGGAGACGAAGAUGAGAAAGGAGAGGAUGUCCUGUCCUCCUUCUGGUCCCUCCUGCUGUGGCUGGCAAUGGCCAUGAGUACAGUCAUGCUCUUCCUGCUGCCCAGGCCGGGCAACAUCCGUGCCUUCCUCUUGUGUGGCAUCAUGCGCUCCAUCUACACGCUGGGCCUGGGGCCCACGCUGCUGCUGCUGGGCGCUGCCAACCUGCUGAAUAAGAUCGUGUUUCUGGUGAGCUUUAUUGGCAACCGGGGAACUUUUACACGCGGAUACAAAGCUGUGGUGCUGGAUGUGGCCUUCCUGUAUCACAUGACCUACGUAGUGGUCUGCAUGCUGGGCCUGUUGGUGCACGAGUUCUUCUACAGUUUCCUGCUCUUUGACCUGGUGUACAGGGAGGAGACGCUGCUGAACGUGAUCAAGAGUGUAACGCGGAACGGGCGCUCCAUCAUCCUGACGGCCGUGCUGGCCCUUAUCCUGGUUUACCUCUUCUCCAUCGUGGGCUUCCUCUUCUUCAAGGACGACUUCCGCAUCUCCGUGGAGCCCCUCAAACCGCUAGCUCACCUUCUACAGAAAGAAACAGCCGUGCUAGAUGUUGAUACGUGUUCAAAGGACAGCUGCCCCGGAUCAGGAUCUGCAGGAUCUGCAAUGAUGUCGUCGGAUGAGGAAGGCGAUGAGACCGAGCAAAUGUGUGAUACGCUGAUCCGCUGCAUCAUGACGGUCCUCAACCACGGCCUGCGCAACGGGGGUGGCAUCGGAGACAUCCUGCGGAAGCCCUCGAAAGAAGAGGCUCUGUUUGUGGCGCGUGUGAUCUACGACCUACUCUUCUUCUUCAUCGUCAUCAUCAUUGUUCUGAACCUCAUCUUCGGUGUGAUCAUCGACACCUUCGCCGACCUGAGGAGCGAGAAGCAACGCAAGGAGGAGAUCCUGAAGACCACCUGCUUCAUCUGUGGGCUGGAGCGGGACAAGUUCGACAACAAGACGGUGUCGUUCGAGGAGCACAGCUCGGCGGAGCACAACAUGUGGCACUACCUGUACUUCCUGGUGCUGGUGCGCGUCAAGGACCCCACUGAGUACACAGGGCCUGAGAGCUACGUGGCCCAGAUGAUCAAGAAGAAGAACCUGGACUGGUUCCCACGCAUGCGCGCCAUGUCCCUGGUGAGCGGCGAGGGGGAGAGCGAGCAGAACGAGAUGCGCUCCCUGCAGGACAAGCUGGACCUCACCAUGGACCUGGUCACCCAGCUCUCUGGCCAGCUGUCCGAGCUCAAGGAGCAGAUGACCGAGCAGAGGAAGAACAAGCAGAGGAUGGGCUUCCUCGGGCCGCCGCAGUUGAACCAUCAUGUCAUCGCUCCAGCGCACUGAAGGCCAACACACACACACACACACACACACACACACACACACACACACAAAAAUACACUCUACAAUUUCACUGGUAUGAGGGAAAAUACUCACAGUUUAACACAAUUCCAAUGGAUGCAAAAGGGCCAACGACACACAAAACACGCACACUCACACACUUGCUCAUUAACAGACUAAGACAAACAAACCCAGGUGAGCUAGGCUAGGCACUGGGAGCCUCCGAGCCCUGCUGUUGAACGCUCCGGUCCCAGUGUGGUGUGUGCGGCGCUGCACAUCAGGCUCUGUGUGGUGUGCUCCACCUGAAGUGACACACACACUCCCCUCCAUACUGAAGGAGAUGAGAUGAGGUUUACACAGCAGAUAGUACAGGCCUCAGACCUGCCCUCGUGCCUAAUCUAUGGGCCAACGGGCAGAGUGCAGGGGUCAUGGACUUUAUUAAUGGGGCCACUGGAACUAGCAGUCUCACAUUCUUAGUGCUCCAAGGAAAGAGUAUUUAAAAAAGGUUGUAGUAUUACUUUUUUAAUGGUGUAUGUCAUGUAUGUGUGUGAUAGAGUUGUCUGUAUUUGUGUAUACAUGUAUGUAAUUAUGGGUUUGUGUGUCUAAACAAAGUGCCAUUUUAAUACAGUCAAAUCACAAGGGACAAACUGGAGUGGUCCAGGUGCAUUAUGGGUGGCAUGUGCCUGUCGCUCAGGAGGGCCUUCCGUGUGCAUCAGACUACGCUCUUCCCUCCCUCCCUCCCUGAGCAGAAGAAUGCUGACUAGAGACUGCCAUUUCUGGAUCUGCGGGAGGGAAGCAGAAAGCUCUGGAAAACCGCAUCAUCUCUCUGGCAGAGCGGAGCUGCCCACUAGUGCCUCGCCUUAUGCCAGCGUGUUUGGUUGUCCCACAUUCGCGCUCAGCUCAUUUCUCAUCUCAAGUUUUAUCUCAUUUGUCUUUUGCGCCGGUGUGCCUCUUAAGCAACAUGGGCUGCAUCUUGUGCCUUCCUAACAAAGCUGUAUAUAAAAUAGAUGAAAAGAUAUAUUGAGUAUAUUGUAUUAAGUAUAUUGAGAAAAUUAGGUUUAUUUCUGUGGAAUGUACUUGAAAAAUUGUGUUUUAUGUCUCAUGUCGGUACAUAGGGGGGGGGUUAUCCAGGACCACUGAACUGCAUAGUGUGAUCUCAUCAUUAUGUCCACUUACAGUACUUAAACCUUACGGCGAAUUCUAAUCUUGCUUGUCUGUGUGACUGAUGUUAGCACCCAAAGGGAAAAUCCUGCCAGUGACCACUAAAUGCACAACAAGAGUGUUCAGUAAAAAAAUGUGUUAUGAUAAGUUUGCACAAUGGAACUAGAGGAGUAUGCACUUCAGAUGAAAUGGUCCUUGUAAUGUUUAAUGAGAAGAGAAUGCAGGCUGUGUUUUAUGUGGUCAGAUCUACUGUAAUAAAGCUGUGAUAAAGAGAGGA